CAAAAAAACGCUAUUUCCUUUAUCCCGCGAGAGCAUCGGUUCAGUGGCGGGAAUGUCUUCGUAAACAGUUCACUUUUUGUCGAGGUGCUGCUGGUUAAUAUUUAUCUAUUCGGUUUGUUUUGUUUUGUUUUUCUCCCCCUUCGUUGUUCCUUUUUUGUUUUGGUGUUUUGUUGUACGUGGCAAUAAUGUCGGACGAUGGCAGCGACGCGAACCCCGGCGGUGACAAUCCGGAGGAGGUGAUAAUGACACCAGCCGAGCUGAUCGCCAAACUGGAAGAAGCUUGGCUGAAUGAGAAGUUCUCUCCGGAGCUGCUGGAGAACAAGUCCGAGGUGGUGGAGUGUGUUAUGGAGCAGCUCCGUCACAUGGAAGCCAAUCUGCAGCGGGUCAAAAAAGGUGAUGCUAAGGCCAGCAGUCACUGGAUGGAGAUAGACAGGAUUCGCUUCGUGCUGAGCAGCUAUCUGCGAUCUCGUCUGCAGAAGAUUGAAAAAUUCUUCCCACAUGUUCUGGAGAGAGAAAAGUCUCGAGGUGAGGGGGAGCCAUCACUGCUGUCACCUGAGGAGUUUGCCUUUGCCAAAGAAUACUACGCUAACACAGAAACCUACCUGAAGGCUGUUGCUCUGAAGCGAAUGCCACCCAACCUACAGACAGUGGACAUGCUCAAAGCAGUGCCUGAACCCUGCAUUGACUCCUUUGUGUUUCUGCGAGUGAAGGAGAGACAGGAGAAUGUUUUGGUUGAACCUGAAACGGAUGAUCAGAGGGACUAUGUUGUGGAUCUUGAGGAGGGCUCUCAGCAUCUAAUGCGUUAUCGAAUUAUAGCGCCAUUUGUGUCGAGUGGAGCAGUACAGUUAAUUUGAUUAAGGUCCUUCUGUGGAUGUUUGUGGCCUGAACAGAUGGUAACAUAAGCAAAGACUUCUUCACGUUCGCUAUGUUGAACCUGCAUAGAUACAAGAACACUGCCAUCUUUAUGGAACAACAGACAUUUAUGGAGACGUGGGCAGCCGAAAUGGAAUUUAAUGGAGUGUAGUGUAUUCUGAAGGAA